AUGGAGGUUUUAACAGACAUGAACAGACCUGAUCUGAUGCUGAGGCUGUCAGAGAGCAGCUCAGAUGUUGUGGAAAAAGUGUCUGAGGUCACACCAACACAUGUCAAGUUAACUGAACCGAUUUUCUCUCCGAGAGCGGUCCUGAUGAAACUCGGCGUUCCUGUGAAAAUCGGCUGCAACGUGUUGAUCUAUCAAACCAACACAGCUUUCCUCACACUGCAUGUUUAUCUGAUCCCACGUGAUCCUGGGCUACAGCAGGUAAUAAAGCAGAGGGGAGUGCCCCAUGGAUACAAAGCUAUCCUGAAGCCAGAUCCAGAGAAGUCCUUGAAAAUUCUUGAUCGUUUCACACUAACAGCAGAUGUGGAUGGUGCAGAAAUCUGUCCUGAAGAUUUAAAGCUCAGAUAUCCAAGUGGAAAGCCAAAUUUCUUUGAAGUUUACACUGAAAAUCCAGAUGGAAACGUCCACCUUAAACUCACAUCAAAAAAAGAUCUUCAGCCAGUAUGGACCUGUACAGUUCGAAAAGCUGCAGGAUCCUCAGUGGGAGCAGCUGCUGCCAGCUCUCUGUUGGAUGGCAAACACUUCGUGGAUAAACACAGAGUCCAGCUGAUCCAGAGGGUCAGCAACGUCGCACCUAUUUUAGAUGACCUUCUUGGCAGUGAUGUUAUCAGCCAGGAAAGUUAUAAUAGCAUUAUGGCUCUGCCUACCUCACAGGACAAGAUGAGGACACUCUACAGUCACCUAAAUACUGAAAGAUGCAACGAUAUCUUCUAUAAAAUCCUUUUGGAAAAUGAGAAACAUCUAAUCGAUGAAUUCAGUGCAAAGUAAAACAUACAAUGGUGAAAAAACCUCUUUAGACCAAAUAAUCUACCUGAGCAUAGAUUCUGUUGGAAAUGUCAGUGUGCAAGGAUUUUAUAAAACGUUAUUCUACACUUAUAUUUGGUGAGAUGUUUAUGGUAUGUGGUGCCUCUCCUGAUCACUGAGCCUCUCAUUCUUUCAUUUCAAACUAGAAAUGUCCCUAAAUGUUCAUGUAAAUGUGCUGUAUAUCAUGCAAAACAAUCACUGAAAAUACCAGAUUUCCUCCACCUAACAAAUAUCAAAAUGAUCACAACUAUACUUUUUGUGAAGAUUUCUUAUUUUAUACAUUUGAAUGUGAAUUAAGUUUAAAUUGAAAAAUCUUCCUUCACUAAGAAUUUAUUUUGGUGCUUCAUUCAAAAUGUUUUGUAAUUUGAACUAUUAAAUAAAAUCUUCAUUUUUACCA